AUGAGUAAGCAAGACGAGAAAAUAGAUUCCAAUUUAAACACCCUUCGAGACAAAGUCAAUCAACUUGAAACCCGUUUUAAUACAUUACGUGAGAAGCUCAUUUCAAAAUUAAACGAAUGCAGUGAUUGUAUUGAAUCUGCUAAAAACAUAUGUCAUCAAGCAACAGAAAUGACUACAGUCUUAGAAAACAAAUUAGUUAAUGCAUCAAAUGAAGAAAAAGAAUGCAAGGAUAUCAAAGUUAAAUUAGCAACAACAUCAAUUAAGGGUAUGGUCAUACUCAAUGUUGGAGGUGAGAAAUAUACCACAAGUGUUGAGACAUUAACAAGUGAGAAAGAUACUUUUUUCACUGCACUCUUCUCUAAGCAAUGGCAAAUUGAAAGAGAUCCUGAUGAUAAAAGUAUAUUUAUCGAUCGUGAUGGACAAUUGUUCAAUCAUAUUCUGGCAUAUUUAAGAACAAAUACGGUGCCAAUUAAUGUUAUUGAAGAUGAAACACUUCUAACUAGUCUAAUAAGUGAAGCUGAAUAUUUUAGUUUGCAUAGUCUAAUGAAUAUAUUAGACCCUUUUUCUAAUGGAACAUUACUUCACCUAGACCACAAGAAGAAACUAAAUGAAUUCUAUGGUAAAAAUAAUCAACGAUGGGAAUUGAUUUAUAAAGCGUCACGUGAUGGAUUUGAUGCAAAAACAUUUCAUUCACGUUGUAAUAAUAAAGGAUCAACAAUGACGAUUAUUCAAUCAAAUAAUAACUAUCUUUUUGGAGGUUAUACA